GGCUGGUCCUCAUCGGCCGGCGAGGAAAAUCGUUCCGCGAAAAACUCCGAGGUCAAAGCAAGCGGAGAACCGACAAGCUGCUCAUCCUCAUACUUAAUCCCCUCACCCCCCAUUCUUUUACCCCGUCUCCCUCCUCCACAGGCUGUGGUCUGCCUGAUGUUACUCCGACGCAGUUUUUGCCGGUUUCCAACACCGUCGAGCUGGAUCUCGCGGGUUUCGCCAGCUACCAUGCCUCUCCGCGCCAAAGUGAUAAACCCGUCCUUUAGGACAACUGCUAGCAUGUCUUCUGUUGCAGAGAUACCGAAAGAGCUCCCCGGCGACGACCCCGAUGAUGUCCUGUUCCACUCUCACUACGGCGUGCGGUUGAUUGAACUCAACCGCCCCAAGAAGCUCAAUUCCCUGAACGGUUCGAUGGUUCGGAAGAUUGUGCCCCGAUUGCAGGAGUGGGAAAAGUCCGACCUGGCCAAUGUGAUCAUGCUCUCCGGCACCGGCUCGAAGGCUUUGUGCGCUGGAGGAGAUGUGGCCGCCCUGGCUUUGCAGAACGAAAAGGGUAUCGAGGGUCAGCAGGCAUCGACCAACUUCUUCGCCGAGGAAUACCGCCUUGACCAUCUCAUCGCUACCUACCAAAAGCCUUUCAUCUCCGUGAUGGACGGCAUCACCAUGGGUGGCGGUGUCGGUCUCAGUGUCCACGCCCCCUUCCGGAUCGCCACUGAACGAACCGUAUUCGCCAUGCCCGAGACCACCAUUGGAUUCUUCCCGGAUGUUGGUGCCUCCUUCUUCCUGCCCCGCCUUGAUGGAGAAGUUGGAACAUACCUAGCCCUCACGUCGGAGCGACUCAGCGGAGUUCAGGCACUGUAUGCCGGAGUUGCCACACACUACUUGCAUUCUAGCGCGCUACAGAACCUGACGGCUCGUCUGUCAGAACUGGUCUUCCGUGACGACGCCAAGCCCGAGGAACGCAUGAUCCUUGUCAACAAGACUAUGGCUGAAUUCUCGACGGGUGUUCCAUCGCUGCGCGAGGAGCCUAUGUGGCUAUCUGGCCAGGUCCGCAGCGCCAUUGACCGCUGCUUCCAGUACAACUCCGUGGAGGAAAUCAUCCAGGCCCUGGAGCAGGAGACUGAGAUGACCAAGUGGGCCCAGAGGACCCUGGAGACCCUCUCGGUGCGGUCGCCUACCUCGCUCAAGGUUGCCCUACGCCAGAUGCGCGUAGGCAAGCAAUGGAACAUCGCAGAGACCUUCCACCGCGAGCACAUGCUAGCCUCUAAAUUCAUGAGACACCCCGACUUCGUAGAGGGCGUGAAAGCGCGUCUCAUGUCGAAGCCGCCCCGCCAGGCAACCUGGCAGCCUGCCACCCUGCAGGAAGUCACGAACGAGGCUGUGGAUGACUUCUUCACGAUUCCCGACAACGAGUCCCGGAUUGCGCUCUACCAUAACGACGAGCAAAGAAACUAUACUGAAAGCCCCUACCACUUUGGCCUGCCCACCGAAGAAGAUAUCGAGCAGAUCGUGCGUAGGCACGCGAGCACCGAGGAGCUGAAGCUCAAUGACAUUGUCGCAAGAUAUCAAGGCAAAGAAGGUGUGAAGGAGAAGGUCGCUGACAUCCUGGCCAGACGGACUGUCCGGACCGCGAAGGGUUUGCGCUGGGAGUGAUUUGAUUGUUGAAGGAGAACACUUACCGUUGUGUUAGUUGGGUCUCUGUAUAUUGGGUUAAUAUCAUUAACAUGUAUUUCAUAUCAAUUUAGACGCGCAUGCGAUGGUUGUUUUAAUCGUUU